UAAUACUCCAAUAUAAAAAUUUAUAUUACGAGAUGCGGAGCCCUAGAUGCUGCUGUGUUGAUAUAUCACUAAUUUUCUCACUGAUGUAUUGCAUUCGCAGCUACUUCCUCGUUAUCUUCUCUCUCUCAAUUCUGUGUUUCCCUUCUCCCUCCCCAAGCUCAUUCUGCAUUCUGUAUCGGAGGUAAGACUUCUAUUCCCUCCCCCUCUCCAAUCUUACGAAUUGAAAAAAGAUUUAAAUAAUCUAAUUAAGGAUUGCCGAUUUCAAGUGAAAAUCAAUCAACGGACAGCUACUCGAUUGGAUCAGCUAAGAUUUCGUUGAUUUCCAAGUCUUUGUUGAUGAAUCAUAAGAGGCAUUGAAGCUUUAGGUGAUUCAUUGUUAAAAGCCAUCAUCUUGUGAAAACGGGAGUAGUCUGGGGGAUAAUGGAGACAGACUCCACAAAUUGCAGUUUUGUAGUCAUUAAAGAUUAUUAUCCGUCUUAAAGUGGGGCCAUGACGAGUACCGAAUUGAAUUCGAACGGGGAGGACGCUCAAGUGUCGCGAAUUCACGAUGCUGCCGGCGCAUUUGUUAGCGGCUGGAUGUAUGUGAAUCAAAACGGUCAGAUGUGUGGCCCUUAUAUCCAGCAACAGUUAUACGAGGGUAUAUAUUCCGGUUUCUUGCCGGGGGAGCUCCCCGUUUAUCCGAUUAUCAAUGGGAAUCUCCUCAAUGCAGUGCCCCUCAGCUACUUUAACCAAUUCCCUGACCAUGUUGCGACUGGUUUCAUCUACUUGAAUGCGAAGGAGUCUACGAAUGAUGCCCACGGCUCCAUCCCCAACAACAGUGAUGCAGAUGAAAGCUUCCCUCUGACAGGAGAUGACGAGUCUUGUUGGCUGUUUGAGGAUGGCGAGGGUACAAGACAGGGACCACACUCGCUUAAUGAGCUUUACUCCUGGUGUCACUAUGGAUAUAUGAGCGAUUCUGUGAUGGUAUAUCAUGCUGAAAAUAAGUGUAAACCCUUGAAUUUGGCAACACUGCUGAACACUUGGAGAAAAGCUAGAAUUCGAGCUGUCACCACACAUGAUAACAAUAAUGAAGGCACUGACUUAGCACUGGACUUGGUGUCUGAAAUUUCUGAAGUAGUUUGUUCGCAGCUUCACUUUGGAAUUAUGAAAACAGCCCGCAAAGUUUUACUUGAUGAGAUAGUUGGCUCCAUAAUUUGUGAUUCUCUUGCCAUGAAGAGAACUCAGAAGAAUCCUAAGAUUGUACCAGUCAUUGAGUCUGUGAAACCUAUUUCUUCAGAUGGAAGAGUAAUAGGUACUCAGACAUCAGAGAAAAAUGAGAGGCAGCCUGAAAACCCUGUCGAGAAGGACUAUGCCAUUGGGGAUGAAGUAGAUGUAGAGCAUACUGUUGAUAGCGAAAAAUGUUAUGGGGGUGAGACCAUGAAACCUCCUCCUAACAUGAAAUCAAUUGGAAGUUUCGAGAACUUUUGUGCUGCAUGUAUGGUUGUUAGCAGGACAAUUUUUUGUUCUUGCUUGCAAGUCAUGUGGAAUGCCAUCUUUUAUGAUCCUGUAGCUGAUUAUUCAUCUGCUUGGAGAAAGAAAAAACGCUGGUACGCUCCUGGUUAUGUUGCUGGGCAAAGCAUUCCCUACAAAGAAUACUCCCAGCCAAUUGAGAAGCUACCGACUGACUCUGAUUCCUCUAGCUCUGAGGUAGAUUGCCCUCCAGGUUUUGAACCAGAAAGAAUUUCAGUGGUUGUUGAAACAAAAUCACCAUCAGUUUCUCCACUCUCUGAAAGAGAGGGAUCUUCUAAUGAAAUUCUGUUGAGCCACGAUACUUCUUAUGAUGAAAUGGGAGCCAUCUUAGAAUAUGUAAUGAAUGAUCUUCAUUCUUCAGCAAAGUUGUCAUUAGUACAUCACUUUGAAAGACUUGUGGAUGAGGAAGUGAAAGAAGUAGUUGAUGUUCCUCAAAAGAGUCCAAUUAAUGAGGUCACUUUCUGCUCGUCUCAUCUGCACAGCCAUACAAGUGAAUAUCAAUCUCAUAAAGCUCUUUGUGCUUCGGCACCUACAUGGUCAGAUGAUCACCUAUGUCCAGCUCAAAGUGAAAAGCAUCCGUUGCAUCAAACUGUAGUUCUCUGUCAUGAAGUUUCCAUGGCAAAUGUACCCAAGGUUGCAUUUCAGAAACUGCGUAUACAUUUAGUGGAUCCGACUAAUAUUGAAGUAGAUGAAUUGUGCCCACGUCUGUGUGAAGAAGAUACAAUAUUAGAUGUUCCAUUAGUUUUCUCCAGGGGGGUAUUUCAGAAUUUGCCUGUGCAUCUAGAAGAUGCUAGCAAUGUAGCAGUUAGUGAUGAAUUGUGGCCACCUAAAUCUAAGGAAUUGACUGAACAUUGUGCUUUAUCACCAAUUUUCCAAGUAAAGGCCUCUAAAUUAGAUGAGCACAUGGGGAAAACCUCUUUGCAGGUAGCAUUGAUGAUAAUCCGGUCGAGAAUUUAUGACUCUGUCAUCAGAACAUUGAGACCUUUAUAUUCUGAUGAUGUAAUUGAGAAAGCUAUAAUAAUGGCAUGUUCUUUGAGAAGUCAUGAAUUAGGCAACGACGGAUCUGCAGAUUGCAUGGAUAUAGAAAAACCGUAUGUUGCUGAGAGAUUCUCUGAAGCGACUUUACUAACAGGAAAAUAUGUAUAUUCUCGGAGGAGUAAGUUGGGCUGUAAAAGGUCAGCCCCAUUUUUCAAGGCUCUGAUGAUGGGAGAAAAUGAUCAUCCAAAACUAGCACCCAAAAGGUCAAGGAAAAGUCGUACCCAUAAAAAACCAGAUCAGGCUGCACAAGUUGACACUAUUAUUCCUAAUUUCGAGAAAAAGGCCUCAAAACCUGACACUAAUGUUAGUAUACGUCGGGUAAAGGGAUCAGCCGGUCAUAUUCGCAGACAGACGUCCGAGAAAGUUGUUUCUUCCCUUCAAGAUGAUUCAGGCAGUAAGACACAGGCUCCUUCCUUUUCUACUAAGAACCACUAUAAUCCUGAGCUGAUUACAAGUGCCUCAAAAGUACCAAAAUCAAAUAAGGUCUCAAAACUUAAAAGGAAGCAUCUGAAUGAUAAUAUACAACAUCCUCAAUCUGGUAAGGUCCAGAAACUAGCAAAUGGCACCCCAAAACAAGCAGUGCCUAAACAGGUUGACAGGCACCAGACCAAGAGAAGUCAGUGUAGGAUGGUGAGACCUUGUCCACAGUCUGAUGGUUGUGCACGGACAUCCAUAAAUGGGUGGGAAUGGCGUAAAUGGGCUUCUGAGGCUAGUCCAGCUGAAAGGGCUCGUGUAAGGGGAAAUCAUAUCCGUUCUCUCUAUAUUAAUUCUGAGUGUAGUGGAAAUCAUUCAGCCAGUGUUAAGGGACUUUCUGCAAGAACAAACAGGGUCAAGUUGCGUAACCUUCUUGCUGCUGCAGAGGGUGCUGAUCUUCUUAAAGCAACACAGUUGAAGGCGAGGAAGAAACGGUUACGUUUCCAACGAAGUAAGAUACAUGACUGGGGUCUCGUUGCUCUGGAGCCAAUUGAGGCAGAGGACUUUGUUAUUGAAUAUGUUGGAGAACUUAUUCGCCCUAGUAUAUCUGACAUACGCGAGCGCCAAUAUGAAAAGAUGGGGAUUGGGAGCAGUUAUCUUUUUAGAUUAGAUGACGGUUAUGUGGUUGAUGCCACAAAACGUGGAGGGAUUGCAAGAUUUAUAAAUCAUUCUUGUGAGCCUAAUUGCUAUACAAAGGUCAUCAGUGUGGAGGGGCAGAAAAAGAUCUUCAUAUACGCAAAGCGUCAUAUCUCUGCUGGCGAAGAACUCACAUACAAUUACAAGUUCCCGUUGGAGGAGAAAAAGAUACCUUGCAACUGUGGUUCUAAGAGGUGCCGUGGCUCAUUGAAUUGAUGCUGGAUGAAAAUUUUGCUGAUGUGCUGUAACCAUCAAUGACUGGAAUAACUGACACUUCUGUUACCUGGGGCUAUCACUAGAGGUGGCAUUUGCUCGGAAAUCCUUGGUCACGAACUGCUUCAGCAGCGGUUACUUGAAAUAUGUUCCAGGAUCUCCAUUUCAUGUUGAUAGUGAAAAAUGAUGACCAUUACCAACUCAACCCAUGUGAAUAUUCUUGUAGAUAUCUUGCAGAUGAGUUUCUCCUCUUAAGAACUGAAAAAUUGUUGUUCCUUGCAUUUCUUUCUGGAACAGUUUUUGGAUCCAAUGCCUUGUACAAAAGAUACUGGGAGAAGGAAGUAGUCUCUGUAUACAUGCGAAACGAAACGCCUAGCAGAUUUUUUGUCAAGACAUGCUGUUGCUGAUAGUAAAAUCUAAAUCUUUUGAAGCAAAGAGCACUCUUUGGGCCUUAGUAUUAUUUUUACAUUAGAAUUUUCUGGAAGGACUUGAAGAAACAUUUAAAAGCUCACGGAAUCUGUAAAACUCGGUAAAUUUACAAGGGUUUAGUGAAAAACUUUGAAAUGUAGGUGCCAAAGCCAAAGCAUCAAUUUUCCUCUCCAUACAUGAAACAAGAUCUGACCUGAAUGUAUGGGAUUAUGGACCACGACCACGAGCAUUUUAGCUGUAUAUGUCACCCUAUGGUAAGGCUGAGAAACUAGGGUACGAAUCUCAAUCCCCCAACUAAAAAUUUUGAAUGGGAUUAUGAGAAAAAAAAAAUUAAGAUAAAUAUAUAUAUGAGUAGGUUUUAUUGAAUUUUCAUGUAAGGAUAAAUUUGCCUAUUCACACAAAGUUUGUAGUUUUUAUAUGUUUCUCUAUGCAUGAAUACAGUUCGUUUCUUUAUUAUAUAACUAAAAUGGGUUUUUUUU